AUGGCGCUCUCCAGUAGAUUUUCAUCGAAAAUCUUACGGUCGACUUGUAGACUUGCUAGAAGAUAUCUUUGUUCAAGUAUAAGUAAUAAUAACGUUACAUUUCCUGAGCGAGUAUUUUCUGGAAUCCAGCCAACAGGAAUUCCUCACAUUGGUAACUACUUUGGUGCUAUCAAGAACUGGGUCAAGUUACAGGAUGCACAUGAAAAUGUCAUGUACAGUAUUGUGGAUCUACACUCAAUCACAGUUCCCCAAGACCCUGCAGUCCUCAGGGAAAACAUAAUGUCAAUGACAGCUUGCCUCUUGGCUUGUGGAAUUGAUCCAGACAGAGGAAUUCUGUUUCAGCAGUCACAGGUACCGUGGCACACAGAGCUUGCCUGGAUCCUUGGAUGUAAUUGUUCUCUUGGGCGCCUGGAUCACCUACCUACUUGGAAGGAGAAGUCUGCUGGUAUGAAGGAUGCAAUGUUAGGGUUAUACACCUAUCCAGUACUACAGGCCGCAGAUAUACUUCUGUACAAAGGAACCAAGGUUCCAGUUGGAGAAGACCAGACUUGCCAUAUAGAACUAAGUCGUGCCCUUGCAAAACUCUUCAACAAUCGAUUUGGACAUUACUUUCCCCAACCCGAGGUAUUAUUGACGGAAGCUCCAAGGAUCAAGAGCUUACGCCAUCCAGAUAAGAAAAUGAGCAAGUCAGAGGCGAAUAUUAAGAGCAGAAUAGAUCUCACAGACUCUCCGGAUGAAAUUUUACAAAAAGUGAAAAAAGCUGUUGUAGAUAGUCAGUCGGAAAUAACUUACGAUGAGGAGGGCAGACCAGGUCUUGCCAAUCUAAUCGGUCUGGAAUGUGCCAUAACUCAGAAAUCACCAUCCCAAGUGUGUGAGGAGAACAUCGGUGUUAUGUUGGGACAGUACAAAGUAACGUUAGCAGAUCUUCUAAUUGCGGAGUUGACUCCUAUAAAACUUGAAAUGGAACGGUUGCUGAGUGACCGACAUCAUAUCAGCAAUAUUAUUGAAAAGGGACGUGAUAAAGCUAUGGAAAUAGCUGGACCAAAUAUAGCAGAGGUGAAAUCUUUAGUCGGGUUUAAGUGACAGUUAACAUGUUAUAUAUAUAUAUUGUGUAAAGUGUACUUUUUGUGAAUCUCUGGUAAAAUA